AUGCAAGAGGAUGACCCCCACCGCGUCCUCGCACGCAACGCAGCUUGUCACCAAUGCAGACGUCGCAAGCUCAAAUGCGAUGCGAUAAAGCCAACCUGCGGCAACUGUCUCAAGCCGCGGCAACGAGGACCUAUCAAGUAUGAACCUCCAGAGCCGUGUACUUGGGAUGAGUACCGCGACCCCAGUGCGCGAGCGCUGCGGAAACGCGAGACCAAGCGCCAGAGGAGUGAGCACGAGGCCGCUCAUCUGGUCAAGGAGGAGCCAGCGGGUCCUUCACCCAUGACGUCCGACUGGUCCCAUGGGGGCCCCCUCCUGGCAGCACGCGCCGACGUCAACGAGAUGUACGCUCAGUCUAGCAACCAUGUUGACAGACAACCGCCCCCCCGCUACGUGCAAAUACCGGACACGGCUCCAUUGGCCGACGGUCAUCUAGGGCCCGACGCUGGGCAGUGGAAUGGGAGCGUCCCGCACAUCCAGCCCCCAGCGCCGGUCGGGCAGCCAACAGACUACCCCGCGAUGGACCGACCUCCAACGUUUGAUCAGGCUUAUGGCGAACUGGUGUGGUCCGACUGGCCCCGGGAGCUGCCCGUGUUGGACGUCGUGCAGCACAUUCUGACCGUCUUCUUUGACCGUGUACCCACCAUCCCAAAGAUGUUCCACAGGGCGACGUUCUUUGCCAACUUGGCGCUACCCCCCAAACGGCCAGAGUUCCCCUCGGCGAUGCUGCUACAUGGCAUUCUCGCAGCCACGGCCCCUUACCUGUCACCGGAAGCGCUCGCGUCGCGUGCGUACUUUCCAUCCGGCUGUUCAAUGAACACUGUCGUGCACCCGACAUUCGGCAACGUUGGGGAUGCAGGAGCGUUGCCUGCUGGCAUGGGUGUCACAGCGCUGAGUGAUGGGACACCUGUGGGACGCUUCCAGACGUACCACCGACGGAAAUCCGUCGACAGCCUGUCUUCUCAGGUCCAUCUCGGCAACAUGAUAGAAACCGCUCAGACGAUGGCUCUGGCAACAUACAUGGACCUGAUGAACGGCAACCUGGUCGACACCUGGAUGGAGGGAUCUUCCGCUGUGCGAAUGGUCAUCCCCUUGCACCUAAACCUCUCUUCACUUGCACCCAAGGACCCGAUGGACCGCAACCCCGUGAUGUUGCCGCCAGCAAGAUCGGCCCUGGAACAGGCGCAACACGACCGCACUUGGUGGAUGAUCUACCUUAUGGAAAAGUUCAGCACGUGCGGCAUGCAAUGGCCUGGUUGCCUUCCAGAUAGCGAAAUCACCGUGGAGCUACCAGUGUCCCAGGCGAUCUUUGAGCAGGGGACUGACAACCUGGUCGGCGUCCAAACAUUGGACGCGCCAGAGUUUUAUUCUCAACACUUACCCCAACAUGUCGACAGCUUUGUUUUCCUGAUCAAAGCCAUGCGACUUUACACCUCGACUAGCACAUUCAGCCGUCACUACGGUCGAGGAACACACACGUACGCUCGAUACCUGGCCGACCCUCGACUGCGAGCAUGUCUCGCAGACAUCAACUCGUUCCGCAUGAGCUACCCAAUGGACAUGCGCCGACCCACUCGUAUGGAAAAUGGGCGUGAGAUGGUGGACCCAGAUCUUGUAACGGCGAUUGGCUUUACCCAUUCCUCGGUGCUCAACCUUGGCGAGCCGCUCGUCACUCACACGACAUGGUCGGAUGACGCAGCCAAAAUGGUGCUCUCUGCUGUGCGCGCCAUCCUGUCCUUGACGUAUGACCUCAACGCUACUAGCUACGACAUUACAUUGCUGCCGACCAUUGCGUGUCUCAUGUGGACACUGUCAUGUCGCUGCCUCAUCCGGUUCAUCACUGCGGCGCGUUUGUCAAAUGACCCAGUGUCAUCGGCCAUCUUCGAGUCCGAGUUCCAGGUCUUCAUCGACACUUUGGCGAGGUUCUCACAGCGUCAUCCCCUUGCAGCUCGUCACCACGCCCGCAUGCUCAGCCUCCGCGCCGCAGCAAACAUUGAGCAACGGCCGGGCCUGAUCAAGCUCAACCUCACCCAGGAUGAUGUCCUUGACCCCCGCUUUGAGAGCAAAGAGAAGCGCGCCGCCGGCUUUGCGCAGUCGCCAAAGGCCGCGUACGUCUCCGAGAUCACCCCAGGUUCAGGUGGACCGUCCCCAUCGUCCUCGUCCUCGAUCGGCCUCCACGUCCCAUCGAGCCUGGACCAGCUGCGUAACACGUCGGCAGCGUACGUCGGAUCAACACCUCCAACAGCCUCGCCCCUCCCAAACGUGCCUGUUGGACAUACCCAGCCCAUCUAUGCUGCACCGAUGGUACCGCCAGGCCCUCAACCACAGGCCCACGCGUACCCCCAGGCGCAACAGCAGCAGCAACAGCAGCAGCAGCAGCUACAACAGCAACAGCCGCUGCCACUGGCGGCCGCCGUCCCAGCCCUCUACGGUACAUACACUGGCGUCGAUUCCGGCCUUGGCCUCAACAUGGGCCCGAACGCUACCGCUACCGCGCCCGCGCCCGCGCCGGCCCACAACCCAAACCUCCCGGGCUUCUACCACGGGGCGCUGGAAGGUGCUGAAAUCAGCUCGUACUCGUUUGACAUGGACGCCAUGGCGUUGCUGGUGGAGAAUAACGCGCUGAACGGCAUGUCGUUUGAUGGUACCGAGUUUGCUGGGUUCACCCUGGGCUAG